AUGUCCACCGCCACCGACCCACCCCACGGCGGCGACGCCGCCGUCAAACCCAAGCUCAUCACCUCAUCCGAGCUCCGCGCCGAAUUCGUCCACCACGAUCCCGCCGUGGCCCGCGUCAACAACGGCAGCUUCGGGUGCUGCCCCGCCUCCAUCAUCGCUGCCCAGCAGCGCCACCAGCUCCUGUUCCUCCGCCAGCCUGACCAUUACUACUUCAACGCCCUCAAGCCCGCUAUCUUCCGCACACGCCGCCUUGUCCAAACCCUAAUCAACGCCGACAACGUCGACGAGGUAUCCGUCGUCGACAACGCCACCACCGCCGCCGCAAUCGUUCUCCAGAACACCACCCGCUCCUUCCUCUCCCCCGACUUCCACCCUGGAGACGCCGCCCUCAUCCUCCACUACGCCUACGGCGCUGUCAAGAAGUCCGUCCACGCAUACAUCUCACGCGCAGGCGGCCGCGUCAUCGAGGCCCACCUCCCCUUCCCCGUCAGAUCCAGCUCCGAAAUCAUCCUCGAAUUCCAAAAAGCCCUCCAGCUGGGGAAGUCCGACGGCCAGCGGAUCCGGCUGGCCGUCAUCGACCACAUCACCUCCAUGCCCUGCGUAGUCAUACCCGUGAAGGAGCUCGUCCGGAUGUGCCGACAAGAGGGCGUCGACCGGAUCUUCAUCGACGGGGCCCACGCCAUCGGCAACGUGGACAUCGACGUCAAGGACAUCGGCGCCGAUUUCUACACUAGCAAUCUCCAUAAAUGGCUCUUCUGCCCCCCGUCCGCUGCCUUCCUCUACUGCAAAAGCUCCGGCGAGUUCUCAGACCUGCACCACCCGGUGGUGUCCCAUGAGUACGGCAACGGGCUAGCCAUGGAGAGCGCGUGGAUCGGGACCAGGGACUACAGCGCCCAGCUCGUUCUGCCGGAGGUGAUGGAGUUCGUGGACAGAUUUGAUGGCGGGUUGCAGGGGAUUAUGAAGAGGAACCACGAGAAGGUGGUGGAGAUGGCGGAGAUGCUGGCGGCAUCGUGGGGGACCGAGCUGGGGGCCCCACCAGAGAUGUGCGCCAGCCUGGCAAUGGUGGGCCUGCCGUCCUGUUUGGGGAUUCGAGGUGAUUCGGAUGCUUUAAGUCUGAGGAGGCAUAUGAGGGAGUGUUUCAAGGUGGAGGUGCCGAUUUAUUACCGGGCAGCCGUGGAGGGUGAGGUGAACCCCGUGACUGGUUAUGUCAGGAUUUCGCAUCAAGUAUAUAAUGUGGCUGAGGAUUAUUACCGGCUCAGGGAUGCAGUGAGGGAGUUGGUCAAGAUGGGGUUCACUUGCAGUGUGCUUUCAAAGUGA